CUUUCAUUUACUCCAUCUCCCUUCUCCUAUCGAGAAACAACCAAUUCUCCACCCACUCCAAAUUCCACAUAUCAGAUCGGCGGUGAAGAAACUCCAAUUCGAAAAUUUUGGUUGAUUCCAAUUGAACCGGCAAAAUCGAACGCCGAGGACCCAUGGCUGACCAAGAUGCGAUUCAAAAGGAUAAUAAAAAGGAACUGCCCACCGUAUUGGUUUUGCUUGAGGAAAUACUAAGAGACCAACGGACAAACCUGCUCCUCGCAAGUAUGCUAAUCAACUUGGCAGGACCCAAUGCACGUAAAAGGAAACGGGGUGGUAGAGAUACACGAGAGGAGCUCAUUGAUUACAUUCCUGCUCACGUAAAGCAGUUGGACAGGCUUGUCCGGGUAAGUGACCGAUCAUGUUUAGACAAUUUAAGGAUGGAUAGAAACACUUUUGGUAGAUUAUGUCGUCUAUUGCGUGACCGGGCUGGAUUAAUAGACCAAAAAUUUGUCACCGUAGAAGAACAAGUUGCUAUGUUUUUGUCCAUUCUAUCACACCAUAAAAAGACACGGGUUGUGGGUCACGAUUUCAUGCGCUCUUCUGAAACUGUGUCCAAAUACACACAUAUGGUGCUCCGUGGGGUGCUUACUUUGCAUGAGUUGUUAUUAGUCAAACCUGAACCGGUUGAUGAUGAAUGCACGGACCCAAGAUGGAAGUGGUUUAAGGGUUGCCUAGGAGCUUUAGAUGGUACGUAUAUAAACGUGCGAGUGCCCAUUGCUGACACACCACGGUAUCGUAAUAGGAAGGGGCAGGUUUCUACUAACACACUUGCUGUAUGUGAUCGACGACUUCGCUUUGUAUACGUGCUGCCAGGAUGGGAAGGUUCUGCCGGUGAUUCGAGGAUAUUACGUGAUGCAAUAAGCAGGCCUCUCGGACUUAAAGUGCCAAAAGAUUGCUAUUACCUUUGCGACAAUGCUUACGCAAACAGCGAGGGCUUCAUCACACCAUACAAGGGCGUUAGUUAUCAUUUGAAGGAGUGGGGACCUGGAACCCAAGCACCGCAAACUCAAGAGGAACUGUUCAACUUGAAGCACACUAAAGCUAGGAAUGUGAUCGAGCGUUCUUUUGCAGUGCUUAAGAUGCGGUGGGGAAUCCUUCGCAGCCCAAGCUUCUAUCCUAUCGAGGUUCAAACCGGGUUGAUCAUUGCUUGUUUCUUGCUUCACAAUUUUAUUCGUACGCAAAUGGAGGUGGAUCCGUAUGAGGAAUUGAUAGGCAGUCAACAUGAAGACGGGUAUGGGAGUGAGAACGAUGACCCGGUAGUGCCUACAAUCACUACUGUCUCGCCAACACCUGAAUGGACGAAGAAGAGGGACGAUCUAGCUGCUGCAAUGUGGGGUCAGAGGACAAACGGGUGAUCGAUGUUGGUGAGGUUAUUUGUGUUAAAACUUUUUAAAUUAAAUUCGUGCACUUGUCUAUGACGAGCGACAUUCUGACAUAUGGUUUGUAUGAAAUACUUAUUUGUUCUUUUAUUAAGAUACACUACCUGAAAUUCCUAACUCAAUUCUUAUAUUUUUCUUUUUUACUUUUUUUAUGCAAUCGAGGGAAUGUAUGAGAAUGUACAACCAAAAUAUCAA